CUUUGGCAACACUUGCACUGAAAAUACGUGUGAGGCAGGUCUUGUCUGUCACGCGAAUGUUUGCAGUAAAUGUGGAAGCGACAGUGACUGUACCUUAGGAGAAUUCUGUGGAGGAGAUCCUAGUUCAGGACGCCAGUGUUCCGCAAAGAAAAUCACUGGAUCAAAAUGCAACGCUGAUACUGAAUGCGACAGUGGGCAUUGUAUUGUUGAUGCUUGUAUGGAAUGCGCGGAUGAUUUACAUUGCACUGGACAAGUGUGCAGAGAAAAUAUGUGUAUCACAUUAGCCAGCUUUGGCAACACUUGCACUGAAAAUACAUGUGAGGCAGAUCUU